UCGGCCCCCUGCCGCGCUCGGCGCUCGGCCGCCGCGCCUGGUCAAGAUGGCGGCGCCGGUGGUGGCGGGUCGGUGAGGGCCGGGCCAUGCUGGCGCUGCGGGCGGCUCUGGGCCGCUGUCUGGCGGGGACGGCCGGCGGCGGGGCCGCUUGCAGUCCCUUUAUUCAGGCAGCCAGAUGUUACGCCAGACCUGUGAGAAGGAAGAGGAAAGAAAUCCCCAGCCAUUUGGAUGAUCUUCCUCCCACAAUGCUGAAGAAGGAUUAUGCCAAUGUCCCAAUAAUAAACAGUGUUGAUGAUGUAGUAAAAAGACUGUUGUCACUGGAAAUGGCAAGCCAGAAGGAGAAGGUGAAAAUAAAGACACAGCAGCUGGUGGAGAAGGUCAGGAGGUCUCCCAAUGACAAUGGCUCCUUUGAGGUGCAAGUUGCUAUGUUGACUGCCAAGAUACGCACUUACGAGGAGCAUCUUCAGAGGCAUCCCAAGGACAAAAAUAACCGUCGUCGCAUGCUGAUGGAUAUGGAUCGCCGGAAGAAGCUACUUGCAUAUCUUCGCCGUGUCCGCUAUGAUACCUUUGAAAACACCUGCAAGCAGCUGAAUAUCCAGUACAGCCUGCCCCCUCCCUACACCAGAAGGGUCACCAAGCGCUGGGUUGUGAAGAAGGCUUUCUGUCUCAAGGUUUUUCAGGAGGCACGGAAGCUGAAAGCAGCAGAGAGGCUGAAGCAGAGGAGAGAGUGGCAAGCGAGAGCUGCGAAGGAGAAACAGGCGCAGAGUGAGGGGACAGCGGUGUAGCGGCAUGUUGAGGCUCUGACACAGCCCAUCUCUAACAAUAAAUAACAACCUAAAGACA